AUGGAUUCCAGGAAAUCGAUUGAUAAGCCCCCUCUUCACGAAUCCAUAUCUUCGAGAUGGAGCGUCUCUUCAAAAGACAAUUCCCUCAGAGAAGUCACUUUCGGCGAUUUGGGGUCGAAGCGUAUCCGCCAUGGAUCAGCUGGAGCUGACUCGGAGAUGCUAAGCAUGUCCCAGAAGGAGAUCAAAGACGAGGAUGCUCGUCUGGUCUACAUAAACGACCCGGAGAGAACAAACGAAAGGUUUGAGUUCACAGGGAACUCCAUCAAGACAGCCAAGUAUUCUGUCUUCACCUUCUUACCCAGGAACUUGUUUGAACAGUUCCACAGAGUUGCUUACAUAUACUUCCUCGUCAUAGCAGUGCUGAAUCAGCUCCCACAGCUUGCGGUUUUCGGCAGAGGCGCAUCCAUCAUGCCCCUUGCCUUCGUCCUGUUGGUCUCAGCUAUCAAAGACGCUUACGAGGAUUUCCGCAGGCAUAGAUCAGAUAGAGUUGAGAACAAUAGGUUGGCUUUAGUGUUUGAGGAUAAUCAGUUUCAAGAAAAGAAGUGGAAGCAUAUUCGGGUCGGUGAAGUCAUCAAAGUCCAGUCGAACCAGACUCUUCCUUGCGACAUGGUGCUCUUGGCUACAAGCGAUCCCACAGGGGUUGUCUACGUGCAGACGACUAAUUUGGACGGAGAGUCGAAUCUGAAGACAAGGUACGCUAAGCAGGAAACUCUUCAGAAAGCUGCUGAUUUGGAGUCGUUUAAUGGAUUUAUCAAGUGUGAGAAACCGAAUAGGAACAUAUAUGGGUUUCAAGCCAACAUGGAAAUCGAUGGCAGAAGGCUCUCCCUUGGACCUUCUAAUAUUAUUCUUAGAGGAUGUGAACUCAAGAACACUGCUUGGGCACUAGGGGUUGUUGUUUAUGCUGGUGGUGAGACGAAAGCUAUGCUGAACAACUCUGGAGCACCGUCAAAGAGGAGUAGGCUGGAGACUCGGAUGAAUUUAGAGAUCAUUCUGUUGUCUCUGUUUCUGAUCGCCUUGUGUACAACCGCUGCCGCGACCGCUGCUGUGUGGUUGAGACAGCACAGGGAUGACUUGGACACGAUUCUGUUUUAUAGGAGAAAGGACUACGCCGAGAGGCCAGGAGGGAAGAAUCAUAACUACUAUGGUUGGGGUUGGGAGAUAUUCUUCACUUUCUUUAUGGCAGUCAUUGUGUACCAGAUCAUGAUACCCAUUUCUCUCUACAUAUCGAUGGAGCUUGUCCGUAUUGGUCAAGCGUACUUCAUGACCCGAGAUGAUCAGAUGUACGACGAGUCUUCAAAUUCAAGUUUUCAGUGCAGGGCUCUGAACAUAAAUGAAGAUUUAGGGCAGAUUAAGUAUCUAUUCUCUGAUAAGACGGGUACUCUCACGGACAACAAAAUGGAGUUUCAAUGUGCCUGCAUAGAAGGCGUAGAUUACUCUGACAGGGAACCUGCUGAGAGUGAUGCGGGAUACUCCAUUGAAGGUAAAGAAACUAGUUUCUUAAUCAUUUUUCUGCUGCUAAGAGUGGUAUUUUUUUCCUUUCUGCCAACUGACUGA